GAGAGAGGAGGGGGGAUCCGCCGCCUCCCUUCAUUGCUCACAGACUUGUUCCCUCCCGGUCUGCGGCUGCUGCAGCAGCAGUGGCGGCGGGACGCAGGAGCAGUCCCGAGGCUGGCAGCGGAUGAGACUGGGACGGACUGAGGCCGCCGGAUCUGCCAGUGGCACUGCUGUUUCCCCACGGGCCCUCUCCCAUCUCCCUUCUCUAAGAUGGCAGCCAGCAGCGCUGAGGUCUCUGAGAUGAAGGGGGGAGAAGAUAGUUCCAAGACCCAGACAGAAGGACCUAGCCAUUCUGAAGCUGGACUAGGUCCUGACCAGGUUGUAGCAGAGAUUCCAGACCAGCCAGAGGCCCUUCAGUCAGGCCCAGAUAUCACGGCAGCCCCUGUGGACUCAGGACCUAAGGCUGAGCUGGCCCCAGAAACCACAGAGACCCCAGUUGAGGCCCCAGAAACAGUCCAGGCCACAGACCUCAGCUUAAACCCAGGAGAAGAACCCAAGGCCAGCCCCAGCCCCAGCCCCAGCCCCAAAGACGAAUGCCAAGAGCCAGCAUCCAAACCAGAUGUGAACAAAGAGGCUGCAGCAGAUCAGGGGUCUGAGCAGCAGUCUGCAGCCCCUCCUGAGCCAAUCUCAGAGCCUGCUUUCCAGUUAAACACCCAGGCAGACCCUCAGCCAACUUCCCAGCCUGCUCCUAAGCUACCCCUCCAGCCAGAGGCCCCCACCCAAGAGGACCCUGCCACUGAGGCCCCGACAGAGAGUGUAGGCGAAAAGCAAGAAAAUGGAGCGGUGGUUCCCCUUCAGGCUGGCGAUGGGGAAGAGGGUCCAGCCCCCCAGCCUCACUCACCACCCUCAACCAAAACGCCACCAGCCAACGGGGCUCCCCCCCGGGUGCUGCAGAAGCUGGUUGAGGAGGACAGAAAAGGAAGGCCUCAUAGUGGGCAUCCAGGAUCUCCUCGAGGGAGCCUGAGCCGCCAUCCCAGCUCCCAGCUGGCGGGGCCUGGGGUGGAAGGGGGUGAUGGCACCCAGAAACCUCGGGACUACAUCAUCCUUGCCAUCCUGUCCUGCUUCUGCCCCAUGUGGCCUGUCAACAUUGUGGCCUUCGCUUAUGCCGUCAUGUCCCGGAACAGCCUGCAGCAGGGGGACGUGGAUGGGGCUCAGCGUCUGGGCCGAGUAGCCAAGCUCUUAAGCAUCGUGGCGCUGGUAGGGGGGGUCCUCAUCAUCAUCGCCUCCUGCGUCAUCAACUUAGGCGGUGAGUGGGGGUCGGGGACAGGAAAGGGAGGAGCGGAAGGGUUGACAAGGGCAGCUUUACUAACCCCUGACCCUGCUCUCUCCUGUCUGUCCUCCCUGUUCCUUUGUCUCUCCCUGUCUCCUUCCCUGUCUGUCGCUCUCCUCUCCCACAGUGUAUAAGUGAGGGGCUCUGCCCUGCAUUCCAAGACUUUUCUUCCUGUUGGGAGCUGUCUUGGGUCCAUCCCUACCCUGGGGGAAGCCCAGUCCAUGGCCCUGGCCCCCAUCCUUAGGGACCAAGGGAGCCUGAGCAGCCUUGUUUACAGCCUCUUCCCUGCUCCUGCAUCCUGCCAGGCUCCCCUGCCAGGCUUAGGCCCCCUUUCUCCCUGCACUUUGGCCUGCGAAUCUCCCCUCCUGCCUCUUGACCUCCCCAACCCUGCACUCUGAAAAACCUCUCUGCACUUCUGGAAGCCUUCCUGAACAUCUAAAUUGUAUUCUGCACCUCUGCAUCUCUCCCAGC